CGACCACCACGACAUCUACCACCGCUCUCCUUCUCCUUUUCGCGUUCUCGUUGUUCUUCUAUAGAUCGAGAGACUUUAUAUCCAAGCUCGAUAGAUUUUGCAAAUUCGCUCCGAUGUCUAGCAAGGCCAGCAAGAGAGCCGAAGAGGAGAAGUUGCUUCAGUUUACUAGCAUUACGAGCGCAUCGAUCAAAGAUGCCCGCAAAUACCUUGACAAAUAUAAACGCGUAGAAAUUGCCGUAGAUGCAUACUACAACGACCUUUCAUCCCGCCCCCGGACGACCGAACCGCCUGCAUCCACAUCUAAAUUGAACGCUGUGUUCGAUAAUUAUGCAGACCCCAACGAUCCGGAUUUGAUUACCGUCGAUGGCACCAUCAAGCUCUGUGAAGAUCUUGGAGUUGACCCGGAAGACGUCGUCUUACUCGCGGUAGCAUAUGAGCUGAAGAGUCCGAGGAUGGCAGAAUGGAAACGGCAAGGUUGGAUAGCUGGAUGGAAGAGUGUUGGGUGUGACUCGAUCGCAACGAUGAAGACUUCUCUCCUUCGAUUACGCGACAAGCUAGGAUCAGACCCGAACUACUUCCGCUCUGUAUACAGUUACACAUUUGAUUUUGCGCGCGCUGAAGGUCAAAGAUCACUUCCACUGGAAACCGCACAAGCUUUCUGGGCCCUCCUUCUCCCACAUGGAAUCCAAGGUGGUGCCCUCUCUCACAUUACAAGCCGCGACGAUGACGGAGACGACAGUAUGACGGGCGCUGACGAGGGCUGGAAGCUCGAGUACAAUUCGUGGUGGUACGAAUUCUUGGAGAAUGAAGCGAAGAUGAAGGGUGUUAGUAAGGAUACAUGGAUGAUGUUCUUCGACUUUGUGCGCUCGAUUGAUUCGAAAUUCGAGAAAUACGACAUGGAAGCUGCCUGGCCCUCAACAAUAGAUGACUUCGUCGAAUACGCCAAGGGCCGGAUCGCUACUGGCGCAUGAUCCAGUCGAAGAGUUAUAUCCUAACCUCAUCUACGCCCUGUAUAUCCACAGCCUGGUUCUUCGCUCCUGCUUUAUGUGUGAUCGAAAUACAGUGUGAUUUAGACAUGGACGUGGGUGGAAGACGGAACGAUGUACCUAUCUGGCUGAUUCUGUGCCGUGAUGUUGUAUUCCUGUAUCGAGAACACCGUUGCUGUGAUAAUGAAUUUGC